UUGUUCGUUUGUUGUUACGGCAGCCGCCAGUCGGUCGUUAGUUUUUGUUUUCGUUCAUUUGUUUAUACUCGCGCGGCACUCGGCCCCCGUCCCGUUCCCACAUAACCCGUUUGAAAGGCAUCAACUGAGUAGCAUUGAAAUCAUGGAGGCACUGGGGGAUCUCUUGGCGCCACACAGCGAACUAAUCGCCAAGGUAGCCGGCACCAUAACUACCCUGCAAUUCCUGUCCGGAGUCGUUCUGAUGAACGACAUCCGCAAGAAGGGUAGCAGCGACGUCUACCCGGUGGGCCCAUUUCUCUUCGGAGUGGUGCUGACCGUUCUCAGCUUGAAGCUGGCCAACAUUAUGAAUGAUGCUGCCAUGAUCAAUACGAAUUUAAUCGGCCUGGUGAUCAACUUCGUCUUCCUGUUCGGAUUUUACUACUACGCCUCGAGCGCCAGCAGGAGCAAGAUCUGGAAGCAGAUUGGCUAUUCCUCGGUCUUCCUAUUGGUCAUCACCGCGUAUGCCAACUUCGAGGAUCCGGCCAAGAUCGAGUUCCGCCUGGGAAUGCUGAUCACCGGCAUCCUAGUUUGGAUGGUGGGCUCUCCCCUGCUGCAUCUGCCGAAAAUCAUUGAGAAGAAGAGCACCGAGGGAAUGCCGUUCCCAAUUAUCUUUGCCGGUAAUCUGGUGGCACUUUCCUGGACGCUGUAUGCCAUCUCAAUCAAGAAUACUGUGAUGGUGCUGCAGAAUCUUUUGCUGCUGGUCCUGGGCGGCAUUCAGCUCUCCAUGUUCGCUAUUUAUCCCAACAAACCGGCUGCCAAGAAGCCUAAGGACAGCAAGAAGGACAAAUAAUUGAAAUCGAACGCUUUACCUAGAAAAAAGGACAAAUAAUGGGUUGUUGCAACAACAUUACCAAGUAAUAAGUAGCUAGGCUCGAGGAAUAAUCAAAUUAUUGCUUGAAUUUACACUAAGCCGCCGCAAGAAAACUAAAUUUGAGCUAAACGAAUUAUUUUUCUAUAUAGGAAAUAUUUUCUUAGAACAAAUCCAGCUAACUAAGUUGCUAGCUAACCUAGAAUUGUUAUUAUAUUGACUAUUAUUGUAUAUAA